UGCGUGCGGUGAGUCACAUCGACAUCUGAGCGCGUUGGAUUCCGCAUCGCGCGCCAGUCUUGCAUUUGCGCCAGCAUGUUCCUCGGGUCGCAGAACGGCAGCGAGCACUUUCGGCGGACGGCGCAGCAGACGCGGACGACGCGGGCGUCGGCCGAGUUGGAGCGAUGGCCGCGCACAUUUCUCGAAGACGCGAAAAAGAUGACGGACGACGCCGUCCUCAUGCGCGGCGAGUCGAUCACGCGCCACAUCCGCCAGAAGAUUGCGAUCCAGCACGACCUACUUCGGCACAACGAGACGCCGAUCCGGUCCGACUAUAGCAGCGCGACCGCUACGUACACGGUGUUUGCGUCGACGCUCCUCACUGCGUCGCUCGCCGAGGUGCUCAACGUUUUUUCGUGCGACGCGCAGCUCGGCUUUCAAGCGUUCCUCGCUCGUAUCUUUGGCGCCGAGCUCAUUGAGGUCAAAACCGCGCGCCGGCUAGCGACCGGCGUCGCACCGUGUGUGCGCGACGACGACGACGACAGCGCCACCGUUGUCUCGGACGUCCCGAGCAGCCAAAGCGACCGGGACGAAGUCCCGAAGCGCAGCCUGGCCGGCGCCAUCAAGCACGCCAAGUUUGAAACCAAACGCUUCUUUUCGCGGACGCGGCACGACUUGGUGUUUCUGGAUGCGAUGCAGCAACCGUCGCCGUCGUCGGUGCUCCGCGCCUUCAAAUCGCUCGACAACCCGCUCGUGUACCGCAUGGUCGACGCGAAAUGCAAGCUCCAGCACGUCACGUCGCUCCUCUUUGGCUACCACAUUGAAGACGUCGGCUCCGACCGCGUCCAAAUGGCGUUUUAUGGCAACCAUUUCGGGCCAAAGCCGAGCGGGUCGUCGUCGCCCGGCGCGUUCGGUCACCAUGUGCUCCACCGGCUGGCGAAAGGCCUUGCGAUCCUCGCCGAUGCCGUUGUCCGACGACGCCUCGCAGCGCACAUCACAACGGUCGACGCCACCGCGCUCCACUCGGACGCGUGCACGCGCUGUCUCAAGCGCACGCCGCUCCGCAAACAGGUCGUGUGCCGGCUCUGCGGCCUCAACUUUUGCCACGCGUGCUCGAGCAUUGAGCGCGUCGAGUCGACGAACGGCGUUUGCUUUGAGCUCCGCGUGUGUCGUGUCUGCUACGAGCAGUGCAAGGCCAAGUACAUUUUAACCAACAAGGUGCUCGCGACCACGUCGCUGACGGCGGCCGCGACACCGGUCGCACCGACUGGCUCGAUGCGCCGACCGAGUGCCCGCCAGCAGCGCGUGAGCCGAGCAGGCAAGCAGCUCGUGCAGGCGCUCAAGCACUCCAAAAUUGCGACCCACGAAGAGCUUUUGCAUCGGAUUAGCGAGCUCAGCGAAGACGGCUCGAGCCAGUCGUUCUGCCAAACCGAUGUCAUGCAGCUGCUGCAGUCGCUGCCGGAAGAGAGCACGACGCCUCGGAACCUGCGCCACUCGUUCAUGACGCCGAAAAGCACGACGCCAACGUCAUCCUCGUCCUCCUCGUCAGCACCAAUGACAACGACGACGACACCGACAGCGCGCCCAAAGAUUGAUCUCUGGACCGGCUUUCGAACGCCGCGCGGCAGCGACUACAAGGCGCAAGACCACAGUGGUCGCUUUGACCGUCUCUCGAGCUCUGAGAGCGAAGCACCGCCACGGCCUACGCCGCCCAGUACUCUGCCGAGCCGGGCGAGCAUGCCGCAGCCCAAGACGAUGGUCAUGCCGACACCAGCGCGGACCACGUUUGUGACACCACCACCGACAAAGGCAUCGGCGGUGCCGCCGCCCCGCGCCGUGUCGGCGUCGUCACCGCGGACACCAAUGGGCCGUACGCGCAGCUCGAUUCAGAUGGAGAUUACGCUGCAACAUUCGCAGGAAGCCGAGCAGCUCCGGCAAAACAUCUUUGUCGACCACGAGAUGAACGCGGUGCUGGACGCCAUGUGCGAGUCGCUCGUGCAGGAUGUCGAGGUCGCCCAAGCGUAUGUGUGCGUCGUCUACAAGGGCCAGUGCAUCCUCAAGGCGGCGUUUGGCGACAACGUGCCGCACAUGAUUUCGCCGGCGUGUGCGCUGAACCUGGCCGUGCUCUCGAGCCGGACACCCAUGUUUGUCUCGGAUGCGAGCGUGGACGCGCGGUUUGCCGCGUCGCCGCGCGUCACGGGCGCCGAGAACAUUCGCUUUUUCUAUGGUGUGCCGCUCGUGACGAGUGACGGCAUUGAACUCGGCACGUUGUCGAUCGCAGACGACAUGCCCCGCGGCCGUAUGGCUGCGACGGCCAAGGACAAGAUGGCGCGCGUCGCCGCCGACAUGUUGGCCCUCAUGGAGCAGCGGAGCCGCGUCGCGCUCCUGUAAGCUGAUGCACCGUACAUUAUUAUUUAGUCGUCGUUAUCUGUAUCGACUUUGUGUACGCUGUGGUGGCGAGGGCUCGGGUUGCAGCGUGUCAAAGCGGGUUAGGGUCGUUCAUGUAGUUUCAAAGUAGCGACUCUAGUCCUUAUAAAAUAUCUCUGUUAUAAGUGUUGUGGUCGACGACACUGUAG